AUCAAUGGGAUGCCUAUGCUGCCGGUCUGUGCCAACAUGGCGAUUCGAGACGGAGCCAUGGGGCUUGGGCGCUAUUGGAUUUGGUUGCUAGCGACGCUUCAGGCGAUAUCUGCUUACGGAGCAGAAUUAUCAUCAGAGGCAUGCAGAGAUCUUGGCUUUUCUAGUAACUUGUUGUGCAGUUCUUGUGACCUUCUUGGUCAGUUUGGCUUGAGUCAGUUGGAUCCAUUCUGCAGAAAGUGCUGCCAAGAAGAAGUUCAUUCUGAAACUAGAAAGCUCUAUGCAGGAGCAAUCCUUGAAGUGUGUGGAUGAAAAUUGGGGAGGUUCCCUCAGGUUCAGGCUUUUGUCAAGAGUGACAAGCCCAAACUGUUCAGGGGACUACAGAUUAAGUAUGUGCGUGGCUCUGACCCUAUACUGAAGCUCUUGGAUGACAGUGGGAAUAUUGCCGAAGAACUGAGCAUCCUCAAAUGGAAUACAGACAGCGUAGAAGAAUUCUUAAAUGAAAAGCUAGAACGUCUCUAAAUACUUCCUCCUUUUACAAAGAAUUGAAAUCUUGAUUUCUCAUAUUACUUUUCAUCAUCAUAAUCCCAUAUCCCAUAUUACAUGGAUAUUGAUUAUAAGAAAUUUCAAGCAAAGCAGAGUUUAUAAAUUGGCAGGCUGAACAAAUGGCUGUCAGGUACAGUUCAGUUCACCUUUAUAGAUGGAGAUCUUUAAUGAUAGGCUUUGAUACAAAUCUGAUGCAAAUACUGAAAAUUGUUACAAUUUGGUUAUUUUUCUUGGAAGAAAGCCUAUUUGUCAGCUCCAAAUAAUUAGGUGAAUGUUCUGUCUUUGCAUAUAAGUGUGCACAUUAGUUAUGCUGCCACUCAUUAUACAGGGAUGGGACAUUGGUACCAAAUAAGAUAUUUUCCAUUUCCCCCCAAAAUACCUGCUAGCUUCCUUUGCAUUUUGUAUUUCCUAACUAUCCUUUUUUUUAGAACUGAGAAUAUUCAUAAUGGGCCUUUGCUUUUUUUAAAAAAAAUGGUGUGUGGUUUUGGAGGGAUUCAUGCUGUUGGAUGACUGGAGAAUGCUGGGGAAUUGCACUUAAUGAUGACUACGUAGAAAGCCUUAAACGAAGGCAUAUGUAUGUCUGAUGUCAGGUGUACUUUCACUAAAUUGUUUUAUCAUCUUCAGCAGACAUGAGUUCAGUGAAGAGGAAAAUUAUUUGAGAGGGCAAUAAAUUACUUCACAAAUAAUGUAUUGAAUGAGUCAUUUGUUCAGUACAUUGCGAUUUGAUGCAUUUAAAUUUUAUUAAAUCAACCUGUUUGUGCCUCAAUUACAAAGGCAACUCUAGGUGAUUUUGCAAACUUGCUUAAGACAGAGACGGCUUAAGAAGAACAGUCAGUCAGUUUCUCAAGCAGGAUAAUAAUACCAAACAAAAUAGGUUGAGCUCUUGAAGUACAGAAUCUGUUUUUAAUCUGAUCAGUUUCUUCACAGGCAUGUAUAAAAAUUCUCAUUAUUGCAGCUUGAACAGUUAUAACUUGAGCAGUUAUGAUACAAAAAAGAUUGCAAAUAAGUAGCUGUGGCUUCUUUCCGUUCUUACAGUUUUACUAAAUAUUAUUGAAAUAAUAAGCCCAGAGCCUAUAGAAGUAUAAAUACACAUCAGCAAAACUGCUUCUUAAAUAUUACAUUUAGGACUGCACAUUAUAUUUUAUGGGAGUGAGGUAGCUGUGCUCUUUGAAUUUAUAUUUAAAACUGGGACUGCAAGACUCAAAAACCACAAGAUGAUUAUAUAGACAGCAGAAAAGUACAUCCUUCUAAUGUAUGGAAUUGCAGCUUGGCAGUCUUGGUGACUGAAUAGUUUUGAUUGGAGGAUUAUGGGAGUUGUAAUUCAACGUAUCUGGAAGGCACUAGGCUGGGGAAGGCUGAUCUAAUACUUUGUACUGAUCAGUGAGCAUGUUUGACCCACACACUAAGCCGAGCUUAGUAGAUUCACCCAGUGAACAAUUUCUAGAUGACACAUCUACAGUCAGCUGCGUUUUAACAAGUCCCCUCAUUCCUCUGAUAGCCAAUGAUCUGCAGUGUCUGAGCAGACAGUACUUCCUGGGCUAUGCAUGUAUGACUUAAAUUUUAGGAGGAAAAACUAACACUUUUGCAGCAUCUUUCUUUGAAAAGUAACCUGUAUUCACACACACAUUGCACAUGGUGGUAUGAAACAAAGAGGAACAGUGAAGAUUCUGCUGCAGGGGGGUCUCUGCUUUGCCAUUGUCAUCCCUUCCUUCCUUUACCUGGAAGAGAAGUGGCUGCUGAACAAUAUAUUAGCUCUCGGUUGAGAUUCAGAUGGCACAUCCAAUUAUGGUUAAGGUCAGCUUAGCCAUAAACCAUAGUUAAAGCACUUAAUCACAAUUUAAGCAACUGAGUUGUGGCAUGGUACAUAAAAGCUCUUAACUCUUCAGCUCCUGGAAAUGGGGCAAGAUGUAAUAGUGCUUGCUCUUUCUUGGAUUUUACAGAGCUUGGAUUUUCACUGUUUUUCUUUUUUGAUGCCACAGUAAAAAUAAUAAAAUAUUA